GCCGAGAGGUGUAUUGGAACACGAACCCGAAAGCUUGGAAGCAGCGAGUAGUUAUUGCUUUUUAUUUCUUUAUUUCUUAUUUUUCUUGGAUAUGUCACUGAUCUGACUCCGUAAGGCGUUUCUAAGAGUCCGGGGUCCGAUCGUGUGGAUUUACAGUGCUUAUAUCUCAAAGGAGUUCCUCGGUCCCGUUGCGUUAAGUAAUCUCGAAGACGAGGACUUUGUUGUAAGGAUCUCGUUAACGAAAGCGCUGGGUACUUUUGUUUCUGUUUCUUUUUUUGGGGAUCUUUUUUUUUUGGCACAAUGAAGGUGAAGUGGGUGUUUUCCAUAGCCGUGGCUGGCCUUUUGGCUAUUGUUCAAGCCCAGGGUCAGAUGCCAGCAUGUGCGACAAAAUGCCUGGGGUCAUAUCUCGCAAACUCCACCUGCAGCGCAACUGACUUCGCAUGUAUAUGCGCGGACGUGACCUUGAUGAAUGGUGUGCAAGACUGUGUCCUCGGUAGCUGCACAAUCAAACAGAGUUUAACGGCCAAAAAUGAAACAUCGACUCUUUGCGGCGACCCAAUUCGAGACAGGACAACAGUCACUCCCGUCAUUACAGGAGUAUCAGGAGGCCUUGCUAUUAUUGCGGUUUUCCUCCGACUCUGGGAUCAGUAUAACAAUCUGCAGAUUGGUGACAUGACUGCGGUCGCAUCACUGGUUCUCGCGCUCCCGAUGGGAGGAUUGGAGUUUGCCAGUACGUUAUUGUCCGAAAGUUAUGCGCAGGUGUACAACACCAUCGAUCCAAUGCUAAUCGGCAAAAUAGUGUCACAUCUAGGAUUCGGAAAAGAUAUCUGGACCUUACCAUUCAACAAUAUCACCAAGAUCAUCCAGUAUACCUGGCUGACCGAAAUCUUCUACAUGGCCGCGAUGGGAUUCACCAAAAUCACGAUCCUGUGUCUGUAUCUGAAAGUGUUCCCAUCGAAGCCGUUCCGAACCACUUGCUUCGUCACUAUCGGCGUCUGUAUUAUAUUCGCGCUCGUCUUCUCACUGGGCACAGUUUUCCACUGCUGGCCCGUCUCGUAUGGGUGGACUGAGUGGAGUGGAGAGACGCAAGGAUAUUGCAUCAAUUUCAACGCUUUUGCUUGGGCUCAUGCCAUUGUCAACAUCAUCCUCGACUUGUUCGUCAUCUUUUUACCGAUCCCGCAACUACUUCGACUGGCUCUGGGAACUAGGAGGAAAGUUCAUGUGAUACUCAUGUUCAGCGUCGGAUUCUUCAUCACGAUUGUCAGUGUCAUUCGUCUCAGUUCCCUCGUUCAGUUCGCCCGGUCCAACAAUGCGACAUAUGACAACGUGCCGACCGCAUACUGGAGUGUAUUGGAAGCCUUCGUCAGCAUCAUCUGCACAUGCAUGCCAGCCGUCCGAUCCAUCCUCCGACGAGUCUUCCCAACGUGCUUUGGCAGCUCUAACGACCCGAACUCCUACGAAGACCGGAACUACCGGAUCUCAUCGUCGCGGAAUUUGACCGGAACAGGAAUUACGAAGACGGUCCAACAUACUGUCAGCAUCUUGCCGAAGAGCGGUGAUUCUGAUGUGAUCGAACUGAUGGAUAACGAGGAGAACGAACGGCAUAAUAACGGAAGGGAGAAUGGCUGGUGAAUUCGGUGGUAGUUACCAUUCGGAAAAAAAAAAAAAGCCUGACCAUUCUUCUAUUCUAUGUUUUUACUAGAUUAUAUCCCUUUUUCAUUUCAUUUGUAUCUAUCUAUCUAUACCUAAUGUACCGUAACCAGACAUUUCCUAUA